CUCCAAAAAGUUGAAGACCUGUGGUACGAGGAUGGCACGAUCAUCCUCAUCGCCGGAACAGCCGCCUUCUGCGUACACAAGGGCGUGCUCAUAGCACUCUCCCCCAUAUUCCGCGACAUCCUUGCACUCCCCCAAUCUCCCAACAACGACACUAUGGAGGGCCGCGUCGUAGUACGCAUUGCAGACUCGGGCCCCGAUAUGACGAACUUUCUCAGGGCCGUGUUCUGCCCGGGCUACAAACGCCUCGUACGCAACACCCAGCAAGUCUCAUUUCCCGAGCUCGCCUCCAUCCUCCGCAUGGCCCACAAGUACGAAGUCCCAGAGGCGGUCGCGAUCGCCGUGGACCGCCUCUCGCAGCGCUUCUGCGCCCCAUUCCACACCUCGCUCGGCCGCCGAGUCACUUGGGACGACGUCCAGAAGCACCUCGGCACGACCCACGCCGCCGUCAACUUCAACCCCGCCGACGCCGCGUUCGAAGCUCUGAACCUCAUGCGACGCAUCAACGCCGCCGCGGGUCCCACACGCUUCCCUGACCGCGCACUUGCCGUGGCGCUCUUCUACUGCUGCGUCGCCGCGGAGCAGAACCCGCGCCUGCUCCGGAGCGGCGCGCCGCGCAAGGACGGUACGGUGGAGACGCCGAGCGACGCGGACUUCGAGCGAUGCGUGCGUGGGAUC